UUGAACAAGCCGAGUGCCUUCAUCGCCACCAGCAGCAGCAGCAUCCCUGUGCACCCUCCUCAUCAAUAUGCGCUUCGGCUCCUGAAUGUAAGAGCCUCUUCAUCUUGCACAGUCAGAGACGGGCAAAGAAAAGCGGAGCCAGUAUUCAUGUCGGGGGAGGUGAUGUCAGCCCAUAUUUCAUAUCUGACUCUAUCAACUGCGAGCUGCUGACUUUUUUUUUAUCCAACCCCUUCUCCACUUCAAGCGACUUUCUCCUGUUUUGUUUUUUUGGAGAGGGGGCAAUCAAUGGAUUUACUCUGAUUUGCGCGUCCGUGUCGACUGUUUGACUGAGGGGCUGUUUUUGCUGUUGUUGUGCUUGUAAACAACGAGGGGGGGAAAAAAGAGAGAGGAAAGAUAGAAAACAGUAAGAAGGGGUGAUGUUUGCUUUGCGCAAGGUUCGCCAAUUUCGCGUCUUUUCCGCGCUGGUUGUCGGUUCGAUUGUUUGCUGCGCGAAAAGCGUAAAUGAACCGGGCAACAUGUCUUUCGUGAAGGAGACGGUGGAUAAACUACUGAAGGGAUACGACAUCCGACUGAGGCCGGACUUUGGAGGAGCCCCUGUUGCAGUCGGGAUGAGCAUAGACGUGGCGAGCAUAGACAUGGUGUCAGAAGUCAACAUGGACUACACGUUGACCAUGUAUUUCCAACAGUACUGGAGGGACAAGCGUCUAGCCUACAUAGGAAUCCCCCUCAACUUGACCCUGGAUAACAGGGUAGCCGACCAACUCUGGGUCCCCGACACCUACUUCCUCAACGACAAGAAGUCUUUCGUCCACGGAGUCACCGUCAAGAACCGAAUGAUCCGCCUGCAUCCAGAUGGAACCGUUCUCUACGGCCUGAGGAUAACUACAACAGCAGCAUGUAUGAUGGAUCUCCGGAGGUAUCCCCUGGACGAACAGAACUGCACUCUGGAGAUAGAGAGCUAUGGCUACACCACAGACGACAUCGAGUUCUACUGGAAAGGAGGCGAGUCGGCUGUAACGGGGGUGACACGGAUCGAGUUGCCACAGUUCUCAAUCGUUGAUUACAAGUUGGUGUCCAGAAACGUAGUCUUUUCCACAGGUGCCUACCCUCGACUGUCUCUGAGCUUCAAGCUAAAGAGGAACAUCGGCUACUUCAUCCUGCAGACGUACAUGCCAUCGAUCCUGAUUACCAUCCUCUCCUGGGUCUCCUUUUGGAUAAACUACGAUGCGUCAGCAGCCAGAGUGGCACUAGGGAUCACCACGGUGCUGACAAUGACCACUAUCAACACCCACUUGAGGGAGACAUUGCCCAAGAUCCCAUACGUCAAGGCCAUCGACAUGUACCUGAUGGGCUGUUUCGUCAUGGUCUUCCUGGCCCUGCUCGAGUACGCCUUCGUCAACUACAUCUUCUUCGGGAGGGGCCCUCAGAUGCAAAAGAAGCUGGCGGAGAAGGCGGAGAAAGCCAACAACGAGAGGGCAGCCAAGUAUGACGCCGCAAGGGAGGCAGGUAGUAGGACCGCAUCCCUAAAACGGUCCAAUCAGGUUAAAGGUCUUCGCCACUCACACUCGGCGGAACCGCAUGGCCAUGGUAACAUCCUGCUAACCACCCUGGAGAUCCAUAACGAAGUGGCAGGUGGAGAGAUCACCACCAGCGUGGCAGACAUUAGGAACUCUCAAUCCAUGGUGCAGUUGGACAGUACAGCCUCGACGCAUAUCCAGUACCGCAAGCAGAGUGGUGGGAUUGGCCCGCGCUCCGCCAGCCGUCACUCCCUGGACCGGUCCGCCCAGAUGAAACGCAGCCGUCUGAGGAGGCGGUCCUCACAGCUCAAAAUCAAAAUCCCCGACCUGACAGAUGUGAACGCCAUCGACCGCUGGUCAAGAAUCAUCUUCCCUUCCGUUUUCUCACUGUUCAACCUCGUCUAUUGGCUCUACUAUGUCUGAUUGGACUGUUUUGUUGAGAUGUUUGUUGUUUGUUUGAUUACUUUUUCAUUUUGUUCCGUUUUCUUCCUUUUUUUUCUGUUGCUUUUAUACAUGAUGGAAUCUGCUGAGUUAAAGACUGCUACUCUCAAAAGUUGACUGAGAAAAGACUAUUCAGUUUUGGAGUUCUCGUCAAAAUUCUUUUUAUAUUUGCAGUCUUUGAAUCCUUAGUACCAAGGUCUUUUUAUUUUCUAAAGUAUGUACUGUAAUUGGGACUUGUGACAGUCAUUUCCCAACAUUUGCCCUCUCAGUAAUGUGUAAAUAGAGCGAUACAAAGCCAGCAAUUGAAUAAAUAAUACAGUAUUUGCAAAAAAACGAACAGAAGCAGUUAACACAAGGAUUUUUCUAAUCUAAAAAAAACAAAUAAGAAAACUUUAUACUAUACAGGUGGUCAGAGAAGUGCAGGCAAUUCCUGAAAGUCCACUAAACAGACUAAUGUAUGUUUUACUGGUACCCUAUGCACUAUUAAUGCAUGUAAUGAUCAGCCAUAGUGAAAAAAUGACAACUCCUUUUUUGCCUUGGGUUAUGUCACAACUUUACAGAGGUUUUUGCUUA